ACCACAACAUGCAGAACCGACAAGAUCCCAAUAGGGAUAUGAGUAUACCCAGCUUUACUUCCAUUUGCGGCGCUCGCCGCAUAUGCGAAAAGUCCAAAAUGCUCUACACCCGGCCCAAGCCGGAUGUGCUGCAGAGCAUCCUGCAGUCGAAGGCCAAUCCUGAGUACAAAUCCCGGCGUCUCUGGUACGAACUGAAUAUGCCGGAGUGCACGAGUGGAAUACUGGAUGGGAAAAUGGUCUCCGAUCUGCCCGAAAGCAUACUCUGCCCCAAAAAGCGUGCCCGGCGCAAGCGGGAGGAAAAGCAGGCGGAGUCUGAACGGAAGGGCAAAGCCAACUACAUGGCGAUGCGGGUGGAGCGCGAACACUUUCGACGCAAACUGGUCGAAUUGAUACUGCACAUGGACGAUGAUCAGGAUGCGGAGCAGGUGGGUCAGUGUCAGAUACCCUUUCCCGACAAGGACGAGAAGGAGACCCUUCGCUACUAUUACUACAUCAAGCAUGGCAUCGACACGAUCCAUGUGUCGCCGCUCAACAGAAAGAUUCUCAAAAGGAUUACGGAUCUGGUGCCGGCGUUUCUGAACAAAUGGCAAACCGCUCUCAAUGAGAACAUUGCCGAGGUGCGUGCGGAUUAUGUGUUUGCCAUGAAGAAGGCCGUCGUUGACUAUGUGCUGCGUCACACGGCGCUCGAUCGGCUGACCAAAGAGGGUUCCACGGGACUAUUCGAGACCGCAGAGCGUCGUGAAGUGAGGCUGCUGACGAAUCAUUGGCGUUUUCGCUAUGAUGAGAAUCGCAAUCGACUGAUGAAAACGCUGUUCAGCAUACAUCGAAGUGUGGCCAGCAUACUGGAGCUAUGGAGCAUGAAAUACAUCAACAAGACUUUGGUCGACAUUCAGGAGGUUAGCCAGGCUGAGGGCCCAUACACGCUGUUCGGUUUUGUGUAUCUGUGUGGAUCGCAUAUCGAUAAAGUCAAGACCAUGCUGGAUGAGACAUGGUUUGGCGAGAUACACUCGACGCUGCUGAAGGCCAGCAAGCGCGGCCAGUUGCCGGAUAUUAGAAGAGUGACGCUGGUCAAGCGUUUCUUCAACUGUGUGGCGGCACUGAUGACCCAGCAGCUGGAGGACAUUUGCAUCCGGAGUCUGAAGGCCUUUGCCGACUUUGUUUGCGAUUUCGGGCAUUCGAAUCCGGGCUUUGAAAUCUCUGUGAUGCUUAGCGAUGAGGAUACCAUCAGCUUUAAUCCCGGCUUUUCGAAGAUCCAAAGCGAGUUGCUGCGUGUCAUCGAUUCGAUUGUGAUGAGUGUUACCAUGUUUCCACGCAUUGAGAGCAAGCUGUAUACGGAUCUGGUGAUAUCCAAGAAGAUGUUCCUCACCCCCGCCGUGCCGGAUAGCAUUGUGCAGGAUACAAAGAAUCGGAUUUGUGCGCUUUUGGAGGAGCAGCGCAUUGGGCCCGAGCUGCGACUGCAGGACUUUGAUCAGUUCAUUGAUCUCAUCAAUGGCAUCGAUGCGGAGCGUGUGGCCAACUUUAUGGAGGGCGAGGCCACCUUCGAUCAGUAUUCGGAAAUGGUCUACGAGUACAAGGAGAAGGAGGAUCGCAUUGCCAGGGAGGUGUGGAGCGUCAUACGCAUGGGCCUGUACGAGUUCCAUCGCGAUAAGUUUAUUCUGCAUCUGGAGACACUGGCGAGGCAGCUGCAGAACGAGCUACUCACCCGCAUGGUGACCGAUCAGCAGCAGAGAAUCUCCAGGCUGGGCAAGGAAUACGAUGCCAUAGCAAAGAAGGCGCUGACUGUGCCCAAGGACACCGCAGAGCUGAUGGAACUGAAGGCCUAUGUGGUGCAUGCCGAGGAGAAUCUCGUGCCCGAGAUGGAGGCCCGUCUGAAGGUUAACAUGGGCGAAAUUCUGUGGCUAAUGGAUCAUACGCUAUACUCGCCGCUGGAAAUAAAAAACAACAGCAACUCCUUCCAGUGGUACCUGAAGCUGCCCUCCGUAUUCGAGCAGCAUCGCGCCAUCAUAGCCGAAAAGAUGAUCGAGUACCAGGAGCUGCUGAAGAAGCGCAUCGAUCUGUUCCGACGCGAGCUGCAGAACUACUACGAGCAGGUGCAGGCCUACGACACAUGGGGCGACAUCAAACAGCUGCAGCGGUACAAGAAGAGGGCCAACCUAUUGGAUCAGCGUCUGAUUCAGGCCAUGGAGACCAUCGAUCAGAUCAACGAGGAGGAAACUUCCUAUGGCUGGGAUCUGUCGCAGUAUCCGAUGCGCAAGAAGGCCCACGAUCAAUUGAAGCCCUAUAAGGCGCUCUUUGAUGCCGGCCAAGACUUUAUGGACAAGUAUGACCUGUGGAUGCACUCCCAGGUGGGAUCCUUCGAUCCGGACGAGAUCGACACGGAUGUGUCCAACUUCCAUCGCAUCAUCCAGAAGCUGGAGAAACAAAUGGGAGAUCAUCCCACCACAAUGCAAUUGAUACUCGAUGUCAAGGAUCAGAUUGAGGCCUUCCGCGAGCACAUGCCCAUCAUCAAUACAUUGGGCAAUCCGGGCAUGAAGGCGCGCCAUUGGGAGCAAGUAUCCGAGAUAAUUGGCUUCCCCAUUAAGGUGUCGUCGGAGCUGACGCUCGAGAAGAUUAUCGAAUACCAGCUGGAUGAGUAUGUGCCCAAGUUUGAGGCCAUUUCGGAGAGUGCCACCAAGGAGAACAAUCUGGAGAAGGCCAUGGCCAAGAUGGUCAACGAAUGGGAGGGCGUUGAGUUUACCAUUUCGCCAUACAGGGACUCCGGAACCUUUAAGCUGUCCUCCGUGGAUGACAUACAAAUACUGCUGGACGAUCAAAUCAUCAAGACGCAGACGAUGAAGAGCUCACCCUACAUCAAGCCAUUUGAGGCGGAGAUACUGAAGUGGGAGGCCAAACUAAUGCUGCUGCAGGAGAUCCUGGACGAAUGGCUGCGGGUGCAGGCAACUUGGAUGUACUUGGAGCCCAUAUUCAGUAGUCCGGACAUUCAGCAACAGAUGCCCGAGGAGGGGCGACGCUUCAGUGCCGUCGAUAAGAUAUGGAAGGAGCUGAUGAAGCAGGUGGCCUCGGAUCCACGUGUCAUGACCGUUGUGCAAAUCGACAAGAUGAACGACAAGCUGAAGAAGGCAUACAGCUUGCUGGAGAUUAUCCAGAAGGGUCUCAAUGCCUAUUUGGAGAAGAAGCGACUGUACUUCCCGCGUUUCUUCUUCCUGUCCAACGACGAGCUGCUGGAAAUACUCUCGGAGACGAAGGACCCGACGCGCGUCCAGCCGCAUCUGAAGAAGUGCUUCGAGGGCAUUGCCACGCUGAACUUCACCGAGGAAUUGGAUGUGACGGCCAUGCGCUCCUCGGAGCGUGAGGAGGUGGUCCUGGUGGAUGUCAUCUCAACGUCCAAGGCGCGCGGUCAAGUCGAGAAGUGGCUGCUGGAGCUGGAGAUCGACAUGAAGAAGAGCAUACACCACAAGAUGUCGGAGGCCUUCUACAGCUAUCUGAAGAUUGUGCGCAAUGUGUGGGUGCUCACGUGGCCGGGUCAGUGUGUGCAGUCCAUAUCGCUGACCUACUGGACGCUGGAGAUUACCGAGUGCUUCGAGAGUGACGACCCCAAGGGGAAUCUGGCCAAAUAUCUGCAAAAAUGCAUACAGCAAAUCAACAAGAUCGUCGAUCUGGUGCGCGGCGAUCUGAACACACAGAACCGCAUCACACUGGGCGCCCUGGUGGUGUUGGAUGUGCACGCUCGCGAUGUGCUGGCAGAAAUUGUGGAAAAGGAGGUGGAGGAUCUGCAGGACUUCCAGUGGCUGUGCCAGCUGCGAUACUACUGGGAGGAGAACAACCUGGACACGCGCAUGAUAAACUGCUCGCUGCCCUACGGCUACGAGUAUUUGGGCAACACCACGCGACUGGUCGUCACCCCACUGACGGAUCGUUGCUAUCGCACUCUGUUUGCUGCUUUGAAUCUGCAUUUGGGCGGUGCGCCCGAAGGUCCGGCGGGCACUGGCAAAACGGAGACCACCAAGGAUCUGGCCAAGGCCGUGGCCAAGCAGUGUGUGGUCUUCAACUGCUCGGACGGCCUGGACUAUCUGGCUCUGGGCAAGUUCUUCAAGGGUCUGGCCUCUUGCGGCGCCUGGUCCUGCUUCGAUGAAUUCAAUCGCAUCGAUCUCGAGGUCUUGUCGGUGGUGGCCCAGCAGAUUAUGACCAUCCAGCGGGGCAUCAACUCUGGCAGUCCCACCUUGGUGUUUGAGGGCACCACCCUCACCCUGGACCCCACUUGCGCGGUCUUCAUCACAAUGAAUCCUGGCUAUGCUGGUCGCUCGGAGCUGCCUGAUAAUCUGAAGGCACUCUUCCGUUCUGUGGCCAUGAUGGUGCCGGAUUAUGCUCUCAUCUCUGAGAUAGAACUUUACUCCUAUGGCUUCCUCACGGCCAAGCCUUUGUCCGUGAAGAUUGUGGCCACCUAUCGGCUGUGCUCCGAGCAGUUGAGUACUCAGUGCCACUACGAUUAUGGCAUGCGUGCUGUGAAGUCUGUGCUGAAGGCAGCGGGCGCCUUAAAGCUACGUUAUCGCAAUGAGAACGAGGACAUACUCGUCCUGCGCUCCAUCAAAGAUGUCAACUUGCCCAAGUUCCUCAAUCAGGAUAUUCCCCUGUUCCAGGGCAUCACCUCUGAUUUGUUCCCGGGCGUAACAUUGCCGGAGGCCGAUUAUGUGAUCUUUAACGAGUGCACCAGAUGGGCGUGCGAAAGGCAGAACAAACAGUGCACUCCAUUUGUCCUGGAGAAGGUUCAGCAGCUGUAUGAAAUGAUUGUGGUGCGGCACGGACUUAUGCUGGUGGGUUAUCCGUUUGGUGGCAAGUCUACGACAUAUCGUGUGCUAGCAGAGGCUCUGGAGUGCAUGGAGAACAAGGAUGGUUCCGAAAACAAAGCCAUUUAUACAGUCAUCAAUCCGAAGGCCAUUACCAUGGGUCAACUUUACGGACAGUUCGAUGCCGUCUCCCACGAGUGGAGCGAUGGCAUUCUGGCCGUCAAUUAUCGCAUCUUCGCCGUGUCUGACAGCCCCGAUCGCAAGUGGCUGAUCUUCGAUGGGCCCGUGGAUGCCAUUUGGAUCGAGAACAUGAACACAGUGCUCGAUGACAACAAGAAGCUGUGCCUGAUGUCCGGCGAGAUUAUUCAACUGUCGAAUAGCACCAAUCUGAUAUUCGAGCCGAUGGACUUGGAGGUGGCCUCGCCGGCAACAGUGUCGCGUUGUGGCAUGAUCUACUUGGAACCGAGCUCCUUGGGCUGGGAGCCGUUGGUGGCUUCGUGGAAGAACACCUUGCCGGCGGCCUUUCACACGGUCAGCAAGCAGUUGAUCUCCUCGAUGAUCUCGCGCUUCUGCCCGAUCCUGCUGUACAUUGUGCGGAAGAGCCUGAAGGAGAUCGCACCCACUUCGGAUGCCAAUCUGAUGGUGAGCCUCAUGAACUUCUUCGAGUGCUUCAUCGAUGACUUCAAGGACGAAAAGUACGUGGCCAAUAUAUCGGACUUGGACUUUCGAGCCCAACUCGAGGGGAUAUUCUUAUUCUCAGCCGUUUGGUCGCUCGGCGGCUCGCUGGAUGCCGACAGCCGGGAGAAGUUCAACAUUAUCUUUCGGGCUCUGAUGGAGAAGACAUUCCCGCAGAACCUGUACGAGCUGUAUGGUGUCACAGCCGAUCUGUAUGUGGAUGUGCUGGCGAAGCCUUUCAUAUUCCCCAUACCAAAGAACGGAUCGGUCUUCGAUUAUCGAUACAUAAAAGAGGGCAAGGGCAAGUGGAAGCCAUGGCAGGAUGACGUGAAUUCGGCUCCGCCCAUACCCCGCGACAUACCCGUCAAUCAGAUCAUAAUCCAAACCAAUGAAAGCGUUCGCAUUGCCGCCGUUCUCGAUCUGCUGGUGCGCCAUGCCAAGCCCCUGAUGCUGGUCGGACCCACGGGUACCGGCAAGAGUGUCUAUGUGAUUGAUUACAUGCUGAAGCGCAUGGAUUUGAAUACCUACAAGCCGCUGCUGAUCAGCUUUUCCGCACAGACCUCGGCCAAUCAGACGCAGGACAUUAUAAUGUCCAAGCUGGAUAAGCGGCGAAAGGGUGUAUUCGGUCCACCGCUCAAUAAGCGUUUUGUGAUCUUCGUGGAUGAUGUUUCCAUGCCGCUCAAAGAGAACUACGGGGCCCAGCCGCCCAUCGAGUUGCUGCGCAUGAUGCUCGACCACAUGAUGUGGUACGAUCGGAAGAACAUUGUGCCCAUGAAGCUGAUAGACCUGCAAAUGAUUACGGCCAUGGGGCCGCCAUCGACGGGCAAUACAGUGACACAGCGAUUCCAGCGAUUCUUCAAUGUGGUGGCCAUCGAUGACUUCAACAACGAGAUCAUGACCACGAUCUUUAGCAAGAUUGUGCUCUGGCAUUUGGAUACCAGGGGCUUCUCCAAAGAAUUCGAUCCCUGCAUAGAUGAGAUUGUGAGUGCCACGCUGACCAUUUACAAUGAUGCCAAGCUAAAUCUGCUGCCCACACCGGCCAAGUCGCAUUAUCUGUUCAACCUGCGGGACUUCUCUAGGGUCAUACAGGGUGUGCUGCUGUCGGUGCCCGAGGCGACAGAGGACAUGAACUCGAUGCGUCGCCUGUGGGUGCACGAGGUAUUGCGGGUCUAUGGGGAUCGGCUGGUGGAGGAUGCCGAUCGUAGCUGGUUGUUUGAGAACGUGUGCAUCACUGUGAGGAAUGCGUUCAAUGUGGAUGCCACGAAGCUGUUUGGGCGACUUGUGGGCAAGGGCAAGAAGGGACUGGAGGAGUCCGAUUUCCGUCAGUUGAUUUACUGUGACUUCACCAAUCCGAAGGCCGAUACCAAGAACUAUGUUGAGGUGCAGGACCUGGAGGAGCUGCGCAAUGUGGUGGAGGCCUAUCUGGUGGAGUACAACAACAUGUCGAAGAAGCCCAUGAAUCUGGUGCUUUUCCGCUUUGCCGUCGAGCAUUUGUCGCGCAUAUGCCGCAUCAUAAAGCAGCCACGUAGUCAUGCUCUGCUCAUUGGGGUCGGCGGCUCCGGACGCCAGAGCUUGACUCGUCUGGCUUCGCAUAUAUGCGACUAUGAGCUAUUUCAAGUGGAAAUAACUCGAUUGUAUGGCCCCUACGAGUAUCACGAGGAUAUCAAGACAAUCUUACGCAAAAUUGGGGCAUCCGAGAUGCACGGCGUUUUUCUCUUUACGGACGUACAGAUCAAGGAUGAAUCGUUCCUGGAGGACAUCAACAAUCUGCUCAACUCGGGCGAGGUGCCCAAUCUGUUUACCAACGAGGAGAAGAUCGAGGUGGUGGAGAAGAUGGCGCAGAUCGACAAGCAACGCGAUAAGGCUGUCCAAACGGAUGGCAGUCCUGUGGCUCUGUUCAAUUUCUUUGUUACGACUUGUAAAGAUCAGCUGCAUAUUGUGCUGGCCAUGUCGCCCAUUGGCGACGCGCUGCGCAAUCGUAUUCGUAAGUUCCCUUCCAUUGUCAAUUGCUGUACCAUCGAUUGGUUCCAAUCCUGGCCGGAGGAUGCCCUUCUGGCCGUCUCCACGCGCUUCCUGUCCACCGAGGAUCUGACCGCCCUGGAGCGCAGCACCGCCAUUGACAUGUGCAUGGAGUUCCACACGUCCACACAGAAGCUAUCCGAGAAAUUCUUCUCCAGAUUGCACAGAUACAACUACGUGACACCCACCUCAUAUUUGGAGCUGAUCCAAACAUUCAAAUCUUUGCUCAGUCAGAAGAGAAACAACAUCACAACGAACCGCAAUCGCUACUUGACGGGCAUCUCACAGCUGGACAUUGCCGCCCAGCAAGUGGGUGUGAUGCAGGAGCAACUGCAGGCGCUCGAGCCCAAAUUGAAAGAAGCCUCGGAAAUUGUGGCCGAGCAGGUGGCCAAGGUGACGGCAGACAGUAACCUUGCAGCCGAACAGAGGGAGAUUGUCAAACAGGACGAACAGUCGGCCAAGGAGCAGGCGGCUGUGGCUCAAACGAUCAAGGACGAGUGCGAUGCCAAAUUGGGUGAAGCGCUGCCCAUUUUGAAUUCGGCUCUGGCCGCCCUGAAUACCCUAACUACCGCGGACAUUGCUGUGGUCAAGACAAUGAAGAGUCCGCCCAUUGGUGUGCGAAUUGUCAUGGAGGCCGUGUGCAUUCUCAAGGAUGUUAAGCCGGACAAAGUGCCAAAUCCGAGUGGCGUGGGCACUGUUGAGGAUUACUGGGGACCCUCAAAGCGUGUACUCAGCGACAUGAAAUUCCUGGACAGUCUGCUCAACUUCGAUAAGGACAAUAUUCCGCUCGAGGUGAUGAAGAAGCUGGCCCAGCGCAUCCUAAACAAUGAGGCAUUCGAUCCGGAUAAGAUUAAGAUGGCCUCGACGGCCUGCGAGGGUCUGUGUCGAUGGGUCAUUGCCCUGUCCAAGUACGAUGUGGUUGCCAAGAUUGUGGCGCCCAAGAAGAUUGCCCUGGCCGCAGCCGAAGCCACCUAUGAUGCGGCCAUGAAGACGCUCAAUGAAAAGUUGGCACAAUUGGCCAGAGUUGAGGCCAAUCUGGCGGCCAUUCAGAAGAUUCUCGACGAGCAGCUUAGGCAAUAUGGCGUUCUUUUGGCCGAGCAUGAGGCUUGUACGAAGAAAUUGCAGCGCGCCCAGGAGCUCAUCUCUGGCUUGGGUGGCGAACGCACCCGUUGGUCGGAGACGGCCAAGAUGCUGCAGGGCAGCUUCAAGAGCGUCACCGGCGAUGUGCUGAUCUCCUCUGGCGUGGUGGCCUAUCUGGGGCCCUUCACCAUCGAUUUCAGGCUCAAACAAAUCAAGAAAUGGGUCGUCAAGUGCAUCAAUUAUGGCGUCGUCUGCUCACCCGAUUUCCAGCUGGCCGUUGUGCUGGGCGAACCGGUGGAGAUUCGUUUCUGGAAUAUUUGCGGCCUGCCCACGGAUGCGUUCUCCGUUGAGAGUGCCAUCAUGAUGAAGAAUGCACGCCGCUGGCCACUGAUGAUUGAUCCCCAGGGACAGGCGAACAAAUGGAUUAAGAACUAUGAGAAGAACAAUAAACUCUGUGUGAUACGUCUCAAUCAGCCCGACUACACGCGCGUCAUGGAGAAUGCCAUACAAUUUGGUCUGCCGGUGCUGCUGGAGAAUAUUGGCGAGGAGUUGGAUCCCAUUUUGGAGUCGGUGUUGCUGAAGCAGCUCUUCAAGCAGGGUGGUACACUCUGCAUUAAGUUGGGCGACUCUGUGAUUGAAUAUAAUCAUAGUUUUAGAUUCUAUAUGACAACAAAGCUGCGAAAUCCGCAUUAUCUACCCGAGGUGGCUGUUAAGGUAACGCUACUUAAUUUCAUGAUUACCACACAGGGAUUGCAGGAUCAAUUGCUGGGCAUUACGGUGGCCCGAGAGCGUCCCGACUUGGAGGCGGAGAAGAACAAUUUAAUUGUUCAGGGAGCUGAGAACAAGCGCAUGUUAAAGGAGACUGAAGACCAGAUCCUGGAAGUGCUUUCAUCUGCUGAAAAUAUCCUGGAAGAUGAGACGGCCGUACAGAUAUUGAGUUCGGCCAAGGCCCUGGCCAAUGACAUCAGUGAGAAGCAAAUUAUUACGGAGGCCACCGAAAAGCAAAUUGAUAUCGCCCGAUUGAGUUAUGUGCCAAUAGCCGAGCACUCCACAAUCUUAUUCUUUACAAUAGUGGAAUUGGCCAACAUUGAUCCCAUGUAUCAGUACAGUUUGGUUUGGUUUGUCAACCUGUACAUGGCCUCCAUCGAUAACACGGAGAAGGUGGACGACAUCGCUGCCCGGCUGCAGGACUUGCGGAAUCAUUUCACCUACAGCCUGUAUGUCAACAUCUGUCGCAGUCUGUUCGAGCGUGAUAAGCUGCUGUUCUCGCUCAUAUUGAACAUCAACAUGAUGAAGCACGAUAACCUGAUUGACAAUGCCGAAUGGAUGUUCCUGCUGACUGGCGGCAUCGGUCUGGAGAAUCCGCACAAGAAUCCCACCCCCUGGCUGGGCGUACAGAACUGGGAUGAGGUCUGUCGGCUGACCAAUUUGCCCAACUUUAAGGGCUUACGUGAGGAUUUUGUUGCGAAUCCGAACAGUUGGAAAUUGUAUUUCGAUUCGAAAGCGCCGCAGGACAAUAAGGACAUACCCGCUGCCUGGAGCAAGCGCAUCUCCGUCUUUCAGAAGCUGUUGCUGCUGCGGGUCUUUCGGCCGGAUAAACUGGUGCCGGCCGUACUUAACUUUGUGUCCGGCGAGCUGGGUCCCAAGUUUGUCGACCCGCCGCAAUUCGAUUUGAUGGCCUCCUUCGGUGACUCGCACUGCUGUGUACCCCUGAUAUUCAUACUAACGCCUGGCUCCGAUCCCACGGCCACGCUGCUGAAGUUUGCCGAGGAUCAGGGCUUCGGCACCAACCGUCUGUUCUCGCUGUCGCUGGGCCAGGGCCAGGGACCCAUUGCCAUGAAGAUGAUCGAUGAGGGCGUUAAAAUGGGCAAUUGGGUGGUGCUGCAGAACUGCCAUUUGGCAGCCAGUUUUAUGCCACUGCUGGAAAAGAUCUGCGAGAAUUUGCUGCCAGACUCGACGCAUCCGGACUUCCGCCUGUGGCUUACCUCAUACCCAGCCGAUCAUUUCCCGGUGGUGGUGCUGCAGAAUGGCAUCAAAAUGACCAACGAACCGCCCAAGGGUCUGCGCUCCAACGUUCUCCGUUCGAUGUUGAGCGAUCCGAUCAGUGACCCGGAGUGGUACGAGUCCUGCACCCAGCCGCGCAUCUUCAAGCAGCUCAUCUACUCGCUCUGCUUUUUCCAUGCCGUCAUCCAGGAGCGGCGCACCUUCGGUCCGAUCGGCUGGAACAUACCCUACGAGUUCAACGAGACCGAUCUGCGCAUAUCCCUCAUGCAGCUGCGCAUGUUCCUCAACCAGUACGAAACGGUUAACUACGAUGCUCUGCGCUACCUGACGGGCGAGUGUAACUAUGGCGGUCGUGUCACCGACGACUGGGAUCGUCGCACGCUCAAGACCAUACUGGAUCUGUACUACUGCCCCGCGGUGAUUGACCUGGAGAAGCCAUACUUUCUGGACGAAUCGGAGCUGUACUAUAUUCCCGUGUUCAAGGAAGUCGAGAUGUACAUGAACUAUACGCGAGAGCUGCCACAGAUCUCGACACCGGCCAUCUUUGGCUUCCAUGCCAAUGCGGAUAUUAUGCGGGAUCAGAAGGAGACGGACAUGUUGCUCUCGCACACUCUGCUGACACAGGAUACGAGUGCCUCGCACGAUGACAGCGAAGACUCCAAGACACUCACACCCGAGGAGGUGGUGACCAAUGUGGCCACCGAUAUUCUAGAAAAAUUACCCAAGCUCUUCGAUCGAGAUACGGCCCUGCUCAAGUAUCCCACGAUAUACCAUCAGAGCAUGAACACUGUGCUGGUGCAGGAAAUGGUGCGCUUCAAUGUCCUGCUGAACACCAUCCGCACGAGUUUGAUUACGCUGCGAAAGGGAAUCAAGGGUUUGGUGGUGAUGUCUGCCGCUGUGGAAGCUGUCUACAAGUCCGUACUGAUAGCAAAGAUACCAGCAAUGUGGGCUGGCAAAUCGUAUCCCAGCCUAAAGCCACUCGGCAGCUAUGUAAGCGACUUUCUGCAUCGCCUGGAAUUCCUGCAGCACUGGUACGACCAUGGCGCUCCCUCCACCUUCUGGCUGUCGGGAUUCUUCUUCACACAGGCCUUCCUCACUGGCGCCCAGCAGAACUAUGCACGAAAGUAUGUCAUUUCCAUAGAUCUGCUUGCCUUCGACUACGAGGUGCUCUCGCUGGAGGAGAACGAAAUCAAGGGUAUCACUGCACCCGCCGAUGGAGUCUUUGUGUAUGGCAUUUACCUGGAGGGUGCCCGUUGGGAUCGCACGGCCAAAUAUUUGGCCGAAGCGCGUCCAAGGGAACUGUUUGACGGCAUGCCCUUGAUAUGGCUGAAGCCUCUCAAGCGCACCGAUCUCCCCGAGCGUCACAACUAUCUGUGUCCGCUCUACAAGACAGCCGAGCGACGCGGUGUCCUGUCCACCACGGGCCACAGUACCAACUUUGUGGUGGCCAUGUUACUGCUCUGCAAUCCAAAGACCCCUGUGUCACACUGGAUUAACCGUGGCACAGCGCUGCUGUGUCAGCUGAGUUUCUAAUAGUGCAGAUCCAUUUAAUUAUUAUUAAAUUAUAUUUUCUAUAUUCCUAUCCUAGAAACUUCUUUCGGAUGUUCCAAUAAAAGUUAAAGUCAAGUGUUAAGUU